AUGAACCUGGCACGCAGCUCCAAGGUCAGCUGUGGAGAUCCAGAGCGACUCAGGGCGCCAGCGGGGCAGAGCUACUCCAGUGAACAAAACGCCCUGCUUUCCCGACGGGAAGCUUGCGCCCUCCUCCUAGCGCCGCAGGAUCCGGCCACUCCCAGCACUCCCGCCUCCUUCACCUGCCUAGCCUGGAAGCUCCCGGCUCUUGCAGCAGCUGCUCCUACUCCAAACUUCAGCUCGGGUCCCGCCCUCAGCGCUCCGGAAGGGAUGGAGGCCGCUGAGGGGCCAACGCUUGCACCUGCCAGAAGGUGCUGCCCGGACGCCGUAGGAAAGCUGUUCCCCAGCGUCUGCUUCCUCUGCUGCCUGGUGACCUACGCUCUGCUGGGAGCUGCGCUGUUCUCCGUCGUCGAGGGCCACCCGGUCCGCGGGGCACCGGACAACCAGGAGUUUGAGGCGUUCCUGGAGCAGCUCUGUGGCAUCUUGGAAUGUAACACAACAGUGGCCAAAGGCAGGCAGGCAGCUGUGCGGAAGCACCUACAGCAGCUGAAGCCGCAGUGGCUCCACAGCCCGGCCAGCUGGACCUUCCUCAGCGCGCUGUUCUUCUGCUGCACCGUGUUCAGCACCGUGGGGUACAGCCGAAUCUUCCCGGCCACCAGGCUGGGCAAGUACCUGUGUAUGCUCUACGCCCUUUUUGGCAUCCCAUUGAUGUUCCUGGUCCUCACGGACAUAGGCGACGUCCUGGCGACUGUGUUCUCGGCCUCUUACAAUCGGUUCCGCAAACUACCUCUCUUCACUUGCCACCCCUCCACGUGGCUGUGCUGGAAAGGGCAGCAGCCAGACGCGACGCCCCCCAGGCAAGAUCACAGCACAGUCCCACAGAUCGUUAUCAGUACCGAGGACCAGGAGCUCCCGGGUCCCAGACCUGGCCGCUGUUCCUCGGCUCCGGGUUUCAGCACGGAGCUGCUGGAGAGACUUCUGUCCCCCAAGAACACCCUGCAGCUGUCGCCACGGACCUUGGAGAGGAGCAGCUCCUGCCCGGAGCUGGCUGGGGGGCAGCUCUCCUACUCCAUUAUCAGCAACCUGGACGAGGUGGGGCGGCAGGUGGAGGCCUUGGACGUGCCCCUGCCCGUGGUCGCCCUGGUGGUGUUAGCCUACAUCUCCUGUGCGGCGGCUGUCCUUCCCUUCUGGGAGACGCAGCUGGACUUCGAGGACGCCUUCUACUUCUGCUUCGUCACCCUGACCACCAUCGGCUUUGCCGACACCGACCUGGAGCACCCGCACUUCUUCCUGUUCUUCUCCCUCUACAUCCUGGUGGGCAUGGAGAUCCUGUGCAUAGCCUUCAAGCUGGUCCAGAACAGACUCCUGCGCGUCUACAGAAAUCUCCUGCUCUGCUUGGCCACGGGAAAGCCUCACCAAUUCGUUAAGCAGUGA